CCUCACGGUUCCGCCCUUUUCCCGCCCCCUUUCCCCUCAGUGUUCCAGUGGGUUAUGGGGGAGGAGGAGGGGCAGGAGGGAUGGAAGAGGUGGGAUGAAGGCGGAGAGAGAGCCGCGAUGGAAGGAGGAGAAGGAGAGCAGGAGCUGAGCAUGGAGAGCAGGGAGGACAAAUGCCCGCGGCAGAACCUGGUGGCAGAGGCCGUUUUGAGCGGCUCCACGGCACAGGAAGCCAACGGGGAGGAAAAGCCCCGGAGAUGCCGCACGAGGAGGGGCUGCAAACGCAGCUGGUGGGGAUCUGAGGGGGAAAGAGCCAGGCUCGGCCGAGAAGGCGGCCGGAGAUGGAGCCAGAGUUCGGAGCUGGUGCUCCAUGAGCAGCUCCUUGAUGGGAAGAAGCCCCACACGUGUGGGGAAUGUGGGAAGAGCUUCAGGUGGAACUCCAACCUGAUCCUGCACCACAGGACCCACACUGGAGAGAAGCCCUAUGCAUGUGGAGAGUGUGGGAAGAGCUUCAGCCGGAGCUCCAGCCUGAUCAGGCACCAGAGAACCCACAAUUGGGAAAAGCCCUAUGCAUGUGGAGAGUGUGGGAAGAGCUUCAGCCGGAGCUCCAGCCUGAUCAGGCACCAGAGAACCCACAAUUGGGAAAAGCCCUAUGAGUGUGGGGAGUGUGGGAAGAGCUUCAGGUGGAGCUCUAGCCUGAUCCUGCACCAGAGGACCCACACGGGUGAGAAGCCUUACGAGUGUGGGGAAUGUGGGAAGAGCUUCAGCGAGAGCUCCAGCCUUUUGAAGCACCAGAGGAUCCACACUGGGGAACGGCCCUACGAGUGUGGGAAGUGUGGGAAGAGCUUUAGCUGCAGCUCUUACCUGAUCAGGCACCAGAUAAUCCACACUAGGGAAUGGCCCUACAAAUGUGGGGAGUGUGGGAAGGGUUUUAUUCAGAGCUCCCACCUGAUCAGCCACCAAAGGAUCCACAGUGGGGAACGGCCCUACGAGUGUGGGGAGUGUAGGAAGAGCUUCAGCUGCAGGUCUGACCUGACCAAGCACCAGAGGAUCCACACUGGGAAACGGCCCUAUGACUGUGGGGAGUGCGGACAGAGCUUCAGGUGGAGGUCUGACCUGAUCAGCCACCAGAGGAUUCAUACUGGGGAGAGGCCCUACGAGUGUGGGGACUGUGGGAAGAGCUUCAGAGAGAGGUCCAGCCUGACCAAGCACCAGAGGAUCCACACUGGGGAGAGGCCCCAUGAAUGUGGGGAGUGUGGGAAGAGCUUCAACUUGAGCUCCAGCCUGAUCAAGCACCAGAGGAUCCACACUGGGGAAAGGCCUUUCAAGUGUUCCAUGUGCGGGAAGAGCUUCAGCCAGAGCUCCCACCUGAUCACGCACCAGAUGACCCACACUGGGGAGAGGCCCUACAAGUGUUCCAAGUGUGGGAAGAGGUUUCAGUCCAGCUCCCACCUCCUCCGCCACUAUCAGAUUCACACAGAGGAAAGGCCCUUCCAAUGCCCUGAGUGUGGGAAGGGAUUCAAGCGCAACUCCACCCUCAUCACUCACCAGCGCACCCACACUGGGGAGAGGCUCUACGAGUGUGAUAAAUGCAGGAAGAGGUUUCUGACCAGCUCCAGUCUCGUCCUGCACUCUCGGAUUCACACAGAGGAGAGGCCCUUCCGCUGCCCUGACUGUGGAAAGGGAUUCCAGCGCAACUGCAACCUCGUCAAGCACCGGCGCAUCCACACUGGGUAGAGGCCUUAUGAGUGUCCCCAGUGUGGGAAGAGCUUCUCCAGCAGCUCUCACUUGACCCAACACCAACGGAGGCACCGGUAAGGGAAGUCCUGUGAGUGCCCCGAGUACAGGAAGAGCUUCGUGCGCUGCUGCACCUCACGGGUAGCCCCAGUGUAGGACUGGCUGUACAGGAUGCAUUUGCAGCAAAUAAAACUUAGACUUACUGA